UAUUCAUUUCAAGUAUAGUGAUCAAGCCGACAACAUAUCCAAAAUGACUUCCAUGAAUUUACUGAUUGUUCUCUACGUUUUUUUGAUGAUCGGCGGUUUCUGGGAUGUGGAAGGAAGGCGCCCAUCGAAAAGACGAUUCCUGUACAACUACGACGAUGACACGGAUGUUUUUGGGAAGCAGUCGGAUUGGGAAGACAAAUCGAAAUCACGAUCUUACGAUAAUUACGAUGUCCUGGACGAGUCACUGGAUAACUUUGAUUUGGAUUUCGACAUGGGCAAUGACAUUCCCGACGCGAAGUACCGGUCGCAAAAUAAACCACAGAGAAAGUGGGGCAACUCCUAUUCCUCGAUGGACAAAAAACAAAUGGAGCCACGGAAGCCAGCCGGAGAUUUCGAUUUCGACUUCAAACUAAGCGACGAGGAAAACGAUCAGCAGCACUAAAAAAAAAAAACCAAAGAAUCACUUAAACCCCAACAGCUUUAUAUUUUAUUUGAUCUGUUACUUAGCCUGUUCCGUUUAAUCAAGAUCAUAUUACCACCAAUAACAAAAAUACACUUUAACACCGAA